AUGGAGCCACUAUUAGGAGUAAAAAUUGGCUGUCUGUUAGCCCUGCUGGCUAUCACCUUGGUCUGUGGCCUUAUUCCCAUCCGUUUCAAAUGGUUCCAGAUUCAUGCAGCCACAGGUCAUCACCGCCGCGUCCUCAGUCUCCUGGGCUGCACUUCUGCAGGCGUGUUUUUGGGAGCAGGGUUAAUGCACAUGACUGCUGAAGCCCUGGAAGAAAUUGACUCUGAGAUCCAGAGGUUCAUGAUACAGAACAGGUCAGAAAAUAAGGGGAAUUUUUCAAAUACUUCUGAUCAAGCUCAGAUGGAGUAUCCCUAUGGAGAGCUCAUCAUCUCCCUGGGCUUCUUCUUGGUCUUCUUUUUGGAGUCGCUGGUUCUGCAGUGCUGUCCUGGGGCUACUGGAGCAUCAACAGUGGAGAAGGAGGAAUGGCAGGGAGCUCAUGCAUUUGAACUCCACAGCCACGGACCUCUGCCCUCACCCUCACAGGGGCCCCUUCGAGCCCUUAUCCUCUUGCUCUCUCUUUCCUUCCACUCAGUGUUUGAAGGUCUAGCUGUGGGGCUGCAGCCCACAGUGGCAGCUACCCUGCAGCUCUGUCUUGCUGUAUUGGCUCACAAGGGGCUCGUAGUGUUUGGUGUUGGACUGCGGCUGGUACAGAGAGGCACUGGACCACGAUGGGCCAUUUUGUCCAUUCUAGGUUUUGCUCUCAUGUCUCCCCUGGGCGUAGCCCUAGGGCUUGCUGUGGCUGGAGGGGACCCUGAAGGAGGGCAGGGCUUAACCCAGGCAGUGUUAGAGGGAGUGGCAGCUGGUACUUUCUUAUAUGUCACCUUCCUAGAAAUUCUGCCCCGAGAAUUAGCUGCUCCUGAAGCCCCUCUGGCAAAGUGGGGUUGUUUAGCCACUGGUUUUGCCUUCAUGGCCUUUAUUGCUCUGUGGGCAUGA